AGUCUUUAUUUAAUGGUCAAUCACGUCUCUGCACCAAAAUCCUAUAAAUGAACCUCUUCUUUUAUGCAUUGGUUAAGACAAAGCAAUGGCUCAAUCUCUGCAUCUCUUUGCUCUUUCUGUGUUGCUUUUUUCAGCUCAUUCACUUACGGCUACCUCCACAUCCCACAACCAUGGACUCAAGUCCCUCCAUUUUUCGCUCUAUCAACAUGAAACCAUCAAUAAGACUGGAUAUAUCGUAGUGAAUGGUGUUGCAGGAGCAAAUCUCAGUCAAAUUGCGUUGCCUUUCGGUACUAUAUUCGUUUUUGAGGACCCUAUGACAAUCACACCUAACCGAACUUCCAAACUCGUUGGAAUUGCGGAAGGAACUUCUGUAACAUCUAGUCUUGACGGGCUUACCAGCAUCUCUGUUGCUAAGAUCACACUCAGAUUGAAGCAUCACAAAGGGUCAAUCUCCAUUGUCGGAGGAACGCACAAUGUCAAGCCUGCUAAUCAUCCUGUUGUGGGAGGCACCGGCGACUUUUUGUUCGUACAGGGGUACGUAACGUCUUCUCCAGUGGAUCUCAGUGGACUUACUGUUGUCUAUAAGAUUGAAUUUCACCUUUUCUGGCCACCAUAUGCAGACAAGUACAUCUAGUUUAAAGAGCAUGCUCAAUAAUCCAAACAUUGAUAUUCUGCUGUUAUUUUCACCAUUAUUUGUUUCUCUGUUUUCUUUGAGCUGCUGGGUUUCUCUCUUUUCUGCAUCUUUUUUUUUAUUCGCACUUCUUGUAAUUUUAGUUAUUUUCUGGUCUAAGAGCUUAUCCAAAAUAACAAUUUUCACAAUA